UAACAUUUCAUAAUCAAAAAAAUGUAUAAUUUUUUUUUUCUUGCUUUUAACGUGAUUACAGAGCCACUGUAAAAUGCUAUAAUCUAAUCUCUUAGCGUAGCAAGUUCACAGAGGUCUUUUGAUUCUUGUUACCAAGGUCCAAAAGUCCAAGAGUACUGUAGGUGUAUAGUUUACCUCGGGAAUCAGUUUGUUUUCAUGUCAGCUGUCACAAACGAGUUGCUUUUCCGCGAAUUUCCAUCGUAAACUAAGUGUAUAAACUUGACUUGUGCGUCUAAGCGUAAAAUAAUAUACGCAGUGUUUAUUAUUGCAGUAUUACAUUCGAAACUCGCAAAUGAAAGAUAGUAAUUGCCGAUUACUGGCCUGGUAUUAACAAAUACUUGAAAGCUUGGGCAGAUCAAAGACUGCAAGAUGUUGGAGCACGAAAAUGAUAUAAUUGAAGAAAAGGAUUACGAAUCCAAUGUUCUAGAAGAGAGUACUCUUCGUCAUCGAAUACCAUGGAGCGAUAGAGUUUCAUUAAAUAGUGACAUUCCAGGUUUGCACGAAGUUAAGGAGUUACUGGAAGAUGAUGACACAAGUUGUUUAGCUGAAGAAGAAGAUGGAGUUGGUUGUCCAUUACCAUCCACUCCAGAAGAUGAUCGUCUUUUGGAUUGUGAAAUGACAGAAGUAUUAAAAGCUGGAGUCUUGAGCGAUGAAAUCGAUCUUGGAGCCUUAGCGCAUAAUGCUGCUGAACAAGCGGAAGAAUUUGUUCGCAAGGUUUGGGAAGCAUCGUGGAAGCAAUGUCAUUUCAGAAAUUUACCUAAAUGGUUACAAGACAAUGAUUUUCUACAUGCUGGUCAUCGACCUCCAUUACCAUCAUUUUACGCAUGCUUCAAAAGUAUUUUUCGCAUUCACACCGAAACAGGGAAUAUUUGGACUCACUUAUUAGGGUGCGUGGCAUUUAUUGGUAUAGCAGUUUACUUCCUGACACAAUCUCAUAUGGACAUAAGAUGGGAAGAGAAAUUAGUUAUUGGUAUUUUUUUCGCCGGAGCUAUUAUAUGUUUAGGCAUGUCUUUUGCAUUCCAUACAGUUCACUGUCAUAGUGAAUGCGUAGGAAAAUUAUUUUCAAAAUUAGACUACUGUGGAAUAGCAAUGCUUAUAAUGGGAAGUUUCGUGCCAUGGCUCUACUACGGAUUCUACUGUGAUUAUCAACCGAAGCUGAUCUAUUUAUCAGUUGUUGUUGUGCUUGGUAUAACUAGUAUUGUAGUCUCAUUAUGGGAAAGAUUUGGAGAACCAAAAUAUAGACCUCUUCGUGCUGGAGUUUUUAUGGGUUUUGGCCUUAGUGGAAUAAUACCAGCUGUACAUUAUGCUAUUGCUGAAGGUUGGUUUAAAGCUAUAAGUCAUGCCUCACUUGGAUGGUUAAUAUUGAUGGGAUGCUUGUACAUAUUGGGAGCAAUGUUUUAUGCUUUACGUGUUCCUGAAAGAUUUUUCCCUGGAAAAUUCGAUAUUUGGUUCCAAAGUCAUCAAAUCUUCCAUGUACUGGUAAUUGCGGCAGCCUUUGUACAUUACCAUGGAAUAACUGAAAUGGCAAUGCAUAGAAUGAGUGUUGGUGAUUGUGCUGUACCAUCGCAAAUGAUGGCUUUUUGAAAGCUGAUAGUUUUAUUAAAAAUUUAUUACAAAUUAAAUGCCUUGCAAAGGCACCUAAUUUUCUUAUUUUUAUGAAUGAAAAUUAUGAAUAACAUAUUUGAAAAAAAAGAUUUAAGAAGUGUUAUAACCGAGUGGUUCAAACUAAUAUGAGCAAAACUUUGCAAUUAUUUAAAUAAUUUUUAAAAAAUGUAG